AUGGAGGCAGAGGGGUAUAUGGUGUACGGUGGAUCCGGUGUGACCAAGCAGAGAGGAGAGGAAGUUUUCAUCGGUUCAGCAUUAUCUACUGCUCAGGUGGGUGUUAAGAAGUGUCGCUCGUGCAAUCGCAAUGCUUCAAGGCGCGCACGUUCGCUUGUCACCAUUCUCAUUGGUGGGCAUUUCAAGCGUUUUCCUGAAGGCGCUGACGACCUCUUCUUGUUUUUAUCCAAUCGACCCAACUUUCAUUUGGCAUAUUUGACCCCGAGUUUACAUGUUACUGGAGAGAUGAGGACUACCUCCAGGCGGGAGCUCAUUGGCGGACUUGGUAUGGUUGUCUUACUGGACAGGCUUCUUUGCUCAGCUUCGCUAGAGAGCGAAGAAACGGCAGCUUUAGAGGACAUCGGAAAAACCCUGUCUCCCCUCAUCUUGAGGGGUGAUUCUGUUGACGCCAAUGCAGCUAAGGAUGCUCCCGUAAGCCUGGAAGAUGCCUUGGAUGGCUGGGAAGUUUCUCCCCAGUUGUUGGAGGAGCUCAUUACGCCGACUGAGGAGAAAGUCAACUUGCUCAUAGACUCAUCAAUUGUCUCGUGGACGGACUCGCAUGCAGAAAAUGUCCCGGAGGAAGUGCGUAAGGAGAUGGUGGGCGACUUAGAGAGGGCUCGACAGUUAGGCCUUCGUCAAGUACGUCUUUUCAACUACAUGGUUAAACUCAAGGGUCUAAUAGACGCCUCAGAAGAUGGAGAUGGCGUCUACCUCAAAGACCUCAUGAAAUGGUGCAGGCACAUGUUCCUCAAUAUGCAUGCAGCUGAGUCAGAACUGUUUGCCAAACAGGAAGAAGUCAGGAAACAAUUCUUUCAGCCAGGGGAGACCACCCCAUUUUCCCUAGAGUCUCGGAGCAUUUACCUUUUACUAAGGCACCGUGCUGAUGCGAUAGUCAGGCGAUUCGAGGGCUACAUGGCCGAACCGAAGGAAGGCACAGGAAAUGAAGAAAGAAGUGCAGAUGCCCAUACUCAGGCUGAAUAG